AUGUCCCCAGAGUCUGCUCAACUUGAAGACACCAAGAAUAACACAAGUCCCGCACAACACAUCAACUCCACCUCUUGCCCUUCGCAGCUUCUGAAGGAAGAGUUCUGCGCUCUGAGUCGGGCCGUCUCAAAAUCCAAUGGUCCCGCUCCGCUCCUUUCUCUCGCCACUCUUCUUCUGUCCUCGACCACCGCCCACUCACACCCUGGUGAGCUCGCGCAUCUCUUUAAUGCCGCCCUUUCCGAACCGACGGCCACGCUCCCAGGACUCUGCGCCCUGGCCCAUAUUUUUUCCAGUGCCCGACUUGUCUCACGAUCAAUUCCCCGCGCCGCAGCUCUCUGGCGUCGCUGUGCGGACACAAAUCAAUGCCUGCUUGGUUCCUUCCUUCUUGCUCAAGAGCUUGAAGAUGGCACAAACAUCCCGCAAGACAUUCCUGAAGCAGUCCGUCUCUAUCAAUAUGUCGUCUCCAAUUCAAGUUCCCACCUGACAACUCCCACCUUGCGUCUAGCACAUCUCCUAGAACUUGGAGCGGAGGGAAUGGCCUCGGAUCCUAAACGCGCAAUUCUUCUCUAUGAGAGUGCUAUACGACAAGCACACAGUAUCGAGGCGAUGGAAUGCCUGGCUGACCUUUAUCUCGAUGGCAGCGGAGAAAUCCCCGAACAGCCCAUUCUUGCUGUCGGCCUCUACGAGCGCGCCAUCCACGAAGCCUGUAGUACACGUGCAAUGAAUUCUCUCGCUGUACUUCUUGAAACUGGCGCUGAUGAUGUCCCAAGGAACGCGCAACGCGCGGUUGCCUUAUUUGAGAUGGCCAUUGCCGCAGGAAACGACGAGGCCAUGGCCAAUCUGGCUUUUCUCCUCGAUCGCGGCGCAGACGGCGUCGAAAGGGAUACCAAAAGGGCCGCGGCGUUGUAUGAACGAGCUGUUGAAUGCGGGAAUCGGUUUGCUAUGAGAAAUUUGGCGCACAUGAUCGUGAACGGCGACGGCGAUGUGGAACAAGAUUUGUAUAGGGCAAUGCUUCUAUAUGAAGAAGUUUUACGAGACGGUCGCUACGAGGGCGCUCGUGUAAAGGUGAACCUCGCAUGGCUGCUGUCCUGUCAUCAAGAUAUCUUACCUCAGGACACUGUUCGUGCUGCGUCGCUGUAUGAAGAAGUUAUUCAAGAUGAAGUGAACGCUUGUGCAAUGUACAAUCUUGCUGGAUUGCUCGCUGAGGGCAGAGGCAAGCUGGGCCGUGAUAUUGGCAAGGCAAUUGACCUUUACCAACGUGCUAUUGACGAAGACGAUGCGUUUUCAAUGCAUAACCUGGGGCUUCUGAUAACUUCAGAUACGGAAGGUGUCGAGAAGGAUAUGGAGAGAGGAAUCGAGCUUCUCGAAAGAGCUGUCGAGGAAGGCCUUCGAGAGGCCGAAUUCGAUCUUGCACUCAUUUUGACUGGCGGGGACAGCGCCAGCGCGAUCGGUGAUGGUAGCCCUGUCGACAUGGAUAGGGGUAUUGCGCUUUAUGAGGAACUAAUAGAGGAUAUGGAUCACAUCGGGGCAAUCAUUAACCUUUCUGAACUCUAUGGAGAAGGCAGGUUUGGGGUCUGUCGGGAUGUAAAGAAGGCCAUUCAGCUGUCGGAGCGAGCAAUUUCACUUGCAUUUGAGAACAAUGUCGAACGCCUGGCCGAGCUCGGCAUCCACGGGGACCCGGAGAGCGCCCUCAGAGAAGAUUAUGAGUCAGUGGAAAUGCGUGAACACGCGCUAGCCCAAAGAUGGCAUUUAGUUGCGAUGUGCAACCUUGCAGAACUCUUGCUCACUGAAGACGUGUCCAACCUGGAACGCUCUGUUGUACUGAUUGAGAAGGCAUUAUCAGACGCAAGAGCAUCCAAGGCCCUCCAAGUGCUUUCGUUCAAGAAUCUUCUUUCGGGGAUGUGGAGAGCAGUUCGGAUUGGAAGUGACAGAAGUGCUUGCGAAAAGGUAGCCACUGUGUUUAAUAACAUUGUCGGGAGAAUCGGAAACACGCAGGCAAUGUGCCUUCUGGCUGAUAUGCUUAUUGACGGAAGUCAUGGGGUGUCACAGGACGUGAAGAAAUCGAUUAGUCUGUACCAGCGAGCAAUCUUUAACAAGGACACACGUGCUAUGCUAAGCCUUGGAGAAGUGCUCCUGAACGGGAGACCAUGCAUACCUGUAGACUUGUACGGUGCAGUGAAACUUUUUACUCAAAUAUUAGAACAGGACCCGUUGUGUGACGAGGCGCAUGAGGCAAUCGUGAAUCUCGCACUGAUCUACACAAAGAACAGACAGAACACGUAGUAGCCAGUAGUCAUUUCCGUUAUUUAACCCAACUUCUUGCGCCGUGCAUACUUUAUAAAGGCAACGAAAGGUUGCUUCAACAAGAUUCA